AUGCACGGGGGCGAGGAAGAGGAGGGGCGCCGGCAGCGCACGCUGGACUGGCGGCGCGUGCAAGAUGAGGUGGCCAAGCUGCGCCGAAUGCAGGAGGACCUCCUCAUGGCCAGUGCCGACGAUGAUGGGGAUUCGGGGCUGGAUGAAGACGAGAUGAGGGAGAUCAAUAACGAGAUUAAUCGAAAGAUGGAUGCUCUCCUUCGUCUCAUGGAACGCUACAACAACGCUUCGGCAGCCACUUCCUCGUCGUCGUCUUCAUCUUCAUCCCAUCAAGCUUCAUCUUUGAGGAAGACCAUCGCCCCUACGCUCACCCUGUCCUGCCCCGAGCUCGCGCAACCUGAAGAUGAAGAUGGACAUCACCAACUUCCCUGCGGUGCUCUGGGAACCCUUAGCGGUGCGAGGAUAAGGAACCAAGAGGGAGGCCAAGAGGAGAUGAAGCAGCUCGAAAAGAAACUGCAAAGAUGGAACGGCGGCGUUGGAGGACGGCCGGUGAGCCCCGGCCCACGGAAGCGGCUGGCGCUGCCCCAGCUCAGCGGCGACCACCUGUCCACGCCAAUUAUGGGCGAGGCGGCAAAGAACGAAAGCGAAGCGAAGGCGACGCAAAGAGCGAAGAGCGACGAUCACGGAGGGAAGGCCAAGCAAUCGACUGCCGACAACGACCGCGGCGAGAUCGAGAUCCCAGUGCACGGGGCGGAGGAGCAGGCUGCGUGGGAGUACGACAGCGGCGAGAAGGCAGUGGAAGCGGUCACCAUCAAGAAGUGGAUGACGAGGAAGCGAAGCGCUCGUUCGCUGCUGGCAACAACGGGCGACAAACAGGACACGGAGAGCGACGAGAACGUGCUCACGCUGUUCAGCCCCAGGUCUGGCAGGCACUUGCCAGCGGAAGCAGCUGCGGCCGCCGACGGCGGAGAUAGCAGCGAAGUCGAUGCCCUGUUCGAUCUGGGCAAAGGCAUGGAGCGAAGCGGGAGCGCGGACGCGGUGAUUGACAGCGCGUCGGAGACUCGAAAGAGCGAAGCGGCGGCCGCGCUCAUCUUCCAAAGAACGAAGAGCGACGAUAGCGGCGAGCGUGCGGCGGUGACCACCGUGGACGACACUCAAGGCGCCCUGUGGCGGAGGCACAUGGAUCAAAUCGGCGGCAGGUUGGACUCGCGGCGCGCCAGCGACGGCAACCUCGUGCUGACCAAGGGCCGCCGCCGCCGACGCAACACCGACGGCGCCAUGCUGACCGCCGCGGCCGCCGGAGUGCCGACAGAUGACGAUGACACCAGCAGUGUCGACAGUACCGGAAGCGCCAGCGGUAACGAGGCCAGCGGUACGCGAAGCGGCGGGUUUCGUCUGCGGCGGCGACGGGGGAGCCUCGGCAGCGAGGCCUCGGCCAGCGACACCGAAGGCGAGGAGGAGUGGCACGACAUGCUCCACUCGCUCGGCGUCACGGUGCUGGCCACCAAGAAGCUCAUCAAGCAUAAGACCAAAGAGCGAAGAGCGAAGAAAGAGCAAAAGCGACGAAGCGGCGAGCUGCGCGAGGUGGAGGACCUGUGGGGUUCGACGAGCUCGAUGGGCGGAGGGAAGAGGGAGGCGCGUGGCGUCGAAGAGCGGCUGGAGGACCAACACUGGAUCGUGUUCGUGAAUCGCAACAGCGGAGGGAAGCUGGGCCAGCGGGUCAUGAACCGCUUUCUCGAAUUGCUCCCCAACGACCAGAUCUUCAGUCUCAUCGACGACAAAGGCCCAAACCGCGGGUUCCAGCGGUGGUUGAAGACUCCGCACUAUCGGCUGGUGGUGUGCGGCGGCGAUGGGACGGCUAACUGGGUGCUCACCGCUCUCGACAAGCUGGCUACCGAGCACUCCCUCGCCCAAAAGCCACCCAUGGGCAUCAUCCCCCUCGGUACGGGAAACGACCUGUCGCGGGCCUGCGGGUGGGGCUCGUCGUUCACCCGCUGCGAAAAGUUGCCCAAGGUAAUGCGCGCCAUGAGUCGGGCCUCCUCCGCCCUGUUCGACAGGUGGCAACUGUCAGUGACACUGCUGGAGGAAGUAGAGGAGCGGAGAAAGGCAGAGCUGGCGAAGGACGGCACGCAAGAGGACUACGAAGAACCGCACGGCUGUUCCGCCUCCGAUGCACCCACAAAAGCGGAUCCGCAGCGGCAACAGCGACACGUCGACGAGAGCGAGACAAAGAACGAAAACGAAGAGCACGGCGGGUUCGUAGUCGAAGAGGGCACGGAGCACAACGAAGACGAAGCCGAGGAGGUGACGCAGCGACAAACGUUGACGGAAGAAGUUGGCGACGGCGAUCGGUCCGAGAUCGGACAGGACGAGGAGAUGUUGCGCGAGGGCAUGCGGGCCGAGCCGGGCGAAAUGGAGUACAUCAUGAACAACUACUUCUCCAUCGGAGUCGACGCCGAGAUCGUGCUUCGAUUCCACCGCAUGCGCGAGCACCACAAGGAACUCUUCCGCAACGUUCUCAUCAACAAGGGUUGGUAUUAUGGGAUGUCGGCGCGCACGGCCAAGAACGAACGAAAGCAUUUCAAGAAUUUCAGGGACUUUAUCCAGGUCAAGGUGUGGCACGGAGAGCACGAGGAGACGCUCCGAAUCAACGACAAGAAGAUCAAGAGCCUCAUCGUGAUGAACAUUCCUACAUACGGCGGCGCCAAGUGUUGGGGACGAGAGGACUCGUUGCACAGCAACGUUUACCAUCUGGCGCACAAGCGGACGUCGGCUUUCAAAUAUGUCGCACCCGCCAUCGGCGACGGCACACUCGAGAUCGUGGGCAUGCGGGGCGUUGCUCACCUCGGUGCUAUCGUCACAGGGGUGAGCGAAGCGAUCAAGCUGGCGCAGGGCACGCGCGUGGAAAUCCUGACCAAGAAGGAGUUUCCGGCCCACGUCGACGGCGAGCCGUGGCUCCUCCGGCCGUGCCGCAUCACCAUCGAACUCCUCAAUCAGUCUCGCCUCCUCGUCCACCCCGACCGCAACCGCGUGCUCUGA